ACCGCUGGAAACCGGCUUUCUGGGCUCCUGGAGGCAGAGGAGGAAGAUGAAUUCUACCAAACGACUUAUGGGGGUUUCACAGAGAGCAUGCAGGAGAAUAAAGAUUGGUAAUGCUGAAGGGAACUGGCAUGGUCCAUAUUUUGUGAGCCAUGUUAAGGGGAUCGUAACCCUUGGCUUGGUGUCGCCCGCACCGCGCUCAGCCAGUGAGCCGGCCAUCCCUAUGUAUGAUCCGAACCUGUGGCGGGAGCGCUGCUGUGCUCCCAGCGCCGCACUUUCCCGAGAAUCGGGAGAUGAUGAGUAUCAAGGAGACCAGUCAGACACAGAGGAUGAGGUGGACUCUGAUUUUGACAUCGAUGAAGGGGAUGAACCAUCCAGUGAUGGAGAAGCAGAAGAGCCAAGAAGGAAGCGCCGAGUAGUCACAAAAGCCUACAAGGAGCCUCUCAAGAGCUUGAGGCCUCGAAAGGUCAGCACACCAGCUGGAAGCUCUCAGAAGGCCCGAGAAGAAAAGGCACUGCUACCGCUAGAACUACAGGAUGAUGGCUCUGACAGUCGGAAGUCCAUGCGUCAGUCCACAGCUGAGCAUACAAGACAAACAUUUCUUCGGGUACAGGAGAGGCAGGGCCAGUCACGGCGGCGAAAGGGGCCCCACUUUGAGCGGCCACUGACCCAGGAAGAGCUGCUCAGGGAAGCCAAGAUCACAGAGGAGCUCAACUUACGUUCACUGGAGACAUAUGAGCGGCUUGAAGCUGACAAAAAGAAGCAGGUUCACAAGAAGCGGAAGUGCCCUGGGCCCACAAUCACCUAUCAUUCAGUGACAGUGCCACUUGUUGGGGAGCCAGGCUCCAAGGAAGAGAAUGUUGAUGUAGAAGGGCUUGAUCCUGCUCCCACAGCUUCUACACUGACUCCCCAUGCUGGGACUGGACCUGUCAUCCCCCCUGCUCACUGCUCACGUACCUUCAUCACUUUUAGUGAUGAUGCAACAUUUGAAGAAUGGUUUCCCCAAGGGCGGCCCCCAAAGGUCCCUGUUCGGGAGGUCUGCCCAGUGACCCAUCGUCCAGCCCUAUACCGGGACCCUGUUACAGACAUACCCUACGCCACUGCUCGAGCCUUCAAGAUCAUCCGUGAGGCCUACAAGAAGUACAUCACUGCCCACGGACUGCCACCCACUGCCUCAACCCUGGGCCCUGGCCCACCACCUCCAGAACCCCUCCCUGGCUCUGGGCCCCGAGCCUUGCGCCAGAAAAUCGUCAUCAAAUGAAGAGAUGUUUAGUCCUUAGAAACCACUUUCCUGCCCUGACUUGAGGUUCUUGAUGUUCCCUCUCCUCUUCCUGCUUCUCCCCUUUGUCAUCUCUGAUCUUUGCCCAACCCUUUUCUAUUUUUCUUUCCUCAUCUUUUCUCUUAGUUCCUACUGGUUUUGUUGUGUUUUUAAAUCUAAUAAAAUAGAAAGAUCCCUUU